GACUGACACCAGCACACCCGCUACCUCGUUAUCAUCACUUGUUCCUCAUCCUCUGCGUCGGCACUACCAUAACCAUUUCAUCAUCAUUUUAUACACAAUGCAAACAACAGUUGUUUAGCACGAACCAAUCGACACUGUGUAAGAUUUUUUUGUAGAGCCAAAAAAUGGCCUCUUGUCGGGCAGUGUACGCUUUGCCUGUGACUUUCGCCAAAAGGCCCGGGCCACCGCGACCAUCAGUUUCCGAGUACUGCUCUUGUGGCGUUUUGAAUUGCCCAACAUCGUGUUUGUCCUUCUGCUUUAUAAUGAAACGUACUUACGUUGUCUGCCUUUGUCAUACUUACUCUUACACCACUACCACCUGCACACCACAGGGAGUCUCGCGAGACUCUGGAGGCCCUCCGCGCCCAGGCAACCCAAGAGGGCGUCAACUGGUCGUUGGAAGACAAUGUUUCGGACAUUCGCACGAGCAUCAAGCACUACCAGGACGUCCGACAGGGUACGCACAAGCGGCUCCCCAAGUUCUUCGACCCCCUCGCCAGCGAUAUCGGCGGGGACACCGCACCAAAGCCUAAAGUCGUGGAAGUCGUGGACGAGGAGGCACGAGGUACGUGAUGUCUAGCAUGGGUUUGAAGUGACCUUGAGGAUGAGCAUGACGACGAUGAGUUUUUUAUGGUUUUUCGCGACUUCGUUAGAAGUGACGCAUGAUGGGCGUCGAAAUAACAAAAAAUAACAGCCAAGGCGUUGAAGAAGAAGCUUGCAGAUCCAACGAUUCGGCUCAAGUCGUCCGCAAUCAACAUGGGCUUGCCGUUCAGCAUGUAUUCAUCACAACUUUUUCUUGUAGCAAUAGCUACUUUUUUGCUUAUCAUGAACGUGACCACGGCUACAACAUUCUUUCGUUGACAUUCGUACUUAGUCCGUGCGUAUCAUGGUCGCUUUCGCACGAGGGAGACUACUUUACUUUCCUUGCUCCACGAAUAAAAUACAGGACCGCUGUGACAACGAACAAAACAUCGGAAGCCAAGGUCGAGGCGAGUCGCAGCAACGUGAAACUGAUGGGAAAGCUGAAGAUGAUCGACGAAUGCGCCCAGAAGCUGCAAGCCAUGCUGCGGGAAGAAACCGCGUCCGUACCCGGGCAGCAGAUUCCCGACAAGGCACACAAGGCCGCGCGGGCCCGCCAGAAAGCGGAGUGGGACGCGCUGAUCGUUCGGGCCGCCACGUUUGACCACUCGCCGAAGCGCCCCCGGUCCCGGUCUGCGGCUUCGGGGUUCAGUAAUCGAUCGUGAGUGAAGCCACGACGGCGUCGCAUCAUUGUGAAGUCGCGAGUCGGGAGUAGAACAUUGCUGUUCAUCACACGUCUGAAGAUAUUUGGGUGAACGUGAAAGAGGAUGUUGAUUUCGUUUCUUCUUGAAAAUCAUGUACAAUACUAUUUGCUUGAGUCUUGUUGUUGAUCGAUCAAGAUCAUCAUUGGUCGCACUUGUCAUUGGUGCGGUUUGAGUCUCUCAGUGAAGGGCGUCGAUGAAGAAAGAUGAAGUGCCUAUGAUGUAUGAGUUGUUUGUGGAGGAGGAAAUCACACUCACUUUCAAUGAGGACGUGCUCCUCUUCGAUACGGUGUUCUUCGACUUCGACUUUCAUUGAAGAUCUUUUGGCCUUCCGCCAAGUUGAGGCUUCUUCCUUCCGUUGUAGUUUCGUCGAACCCUAACACGUUUCUAAGCGUAGGAGUGUCGCCAUGGUGAAGGCUGGCGGAAAGACGACGCGCCGCAUCUGUCCCACUUGCCGCAGGUCAGCCAGAUGCAUGAUGCCGCAGCUGGUCGAUCUGCGGAAAGCCUUCCCGCACCACUUAGACUGCUGGGCGCGCGCUCCGCGCGCAGCCCUUUCCCGCGGUGUUGUCGUGGAGACUCUCGCCGAGGCCAUCGGUGACAUCGAGCAAGAAUAGCCCGAAGACACGCCCGGCAGCCUUGGGAGCGUUUUGGCGACGGACGGCCCGAGGCGUGCGCCUGCCCGCCUUGGAUUUAGAGGACGAGGCGGCCUCUCAGGUCCGCCGGUGGGAAGACACGGAGCACCCACGUCCGGCAAAGAGUUCCACGCGGGUGCUGGUGCGCGGGGGCGGGCGCAUUUUUGCGCGCUAUUAUUUUCUGUGACAAGCCGGGCGCGCGCCGUCAGCACUAGGGCGCCCGCGCCACACGCGUGGCCCCGCCAGGCGGCCAGUGUGUGAGUGGGGCCGACUGCCCCGCAGGGGCGCCCGCAUCAGUGCCCCAGGUCGUAGGCACAUAUGCUGGGCAUUGUUGCGAAGGUGCUUGGAGGCGUUGUGGGGCCGGCCGUCCUCUGUUUGUACCUACGCCCGCGGCCCGGCCGCCUGUUGCUUGAACAUGAUCAAGCUGCAGGACCCAUUUCAGAAGGUUGCGAGACAGUGCCGCUGCCGGCGCCGCGCGCGCCAUACAUCAUUAUCGACACGAAGGACAACGCCCGGCCCGAAGCAAGCAAGGAGGGCCUGCGGGCGUGCCGCGCCCUGUCCGGGGCCGGCCAGCCGUCCGCCCUCGGUUGGUGCAGAAGAUGGGGGCCCCGCAAGUGUCAGCCCCGGGAUUUUGCGGGUUGGCGGUGUGCUUCGGUGGCGCGCGGCCAAUUCAUUUCGCCGGGGCCGGCGUCUGCUUAUACUUAUUAAUUUGGGGCGGGGGCGCCCGGCAUCCGCUUCAGUGCCGACUCUUGACGGCCCUUGUCCGCGGGCGGGCCUGGUUGGGCCCGGGGGCCAAUGAAUGGGCGCAGGAGGGGCGGGGUGGGGGUGUGCCGCGUGGCAUCCUUCCCGCGCGCCCGGCGGUUGGCGCGCGCCCCCAAGCCGAAGGCGAAGGUGGAAAGGUGAAAGCGAGCCGAGGCCAGGCCGACGGCGACGCAGCGCGUCGGCGAAGUUCUGGGCGAAUGCAAUCGAACGCAGGUGGGCGCCCGUAGAAUUAGGGCGCCCGGCAAGCGCCCGCGCCCUUCUUGGCACGCAGCCCCCCGGCCCUGGUUGCCUCGGCCGCCUUUUUCCCCAGGUGGCGCGGAUGUUCCCGUCUGGCGGGCGUCCGGCCCGCCGGCGGGCCGGUUGCGUUUGCCGCGCCCGCUAGCCCCGCGGCGCGGCCCGCCAGGCCUGCUUUCUCUGCUACCCUUCCUGGUCCGGCCUGGAAAGCAGAAACACCCAAGGGCCCCGGCGUGCGCCCGUGCAUUCGUCGUGUGGCCACGGACGUCCGUGGGCCGCCCCGCGGGCUCUUUGCGUAAAAGGGUGGCAGCCCAUGUUCGGCGGGCCGGUACUUGCAUGCAGAGGCUCUCCGCAAGGUGGGCUCCUGAAGUCAUGCGCGGCGCGGCCGGCCCAGGUCCAUCUGUUUUGCCAGUGCCGACCGAGCCGCCGCGUUCGUAAUUCCUUAGCGCAUUUAGCGACAUUGCGUGAAGCGGGCCGGGUGCAGUUGCUCCUUCCAAUUGGAUGACGCGGCUUCCGCGUGCCAGCUAUCGAUCUGCAUCGCGCAUCUUUCCAUAACAAGCACGAACUUAACUUGUGCCAGCUUCCUUUGCGAUUUAUGUGUGUUUGCAG